AUGGUCCAGAUCAGCGAAGUCAAGGGCAACAAGCGGGACAACCGCACGGCAGCUCAUACACAUAUCAGGGGACUUGGGCUGAAGUCUGAUGGGUUUGCGGAGAAGAAUGCGGCUGGAUUUGUAGGCCAAGUUCCGGCCCGAGAGUCGUGCGGCGUCGUGGUCGAUCUGAUUCGGUCUCACAAGAUGGCUGGCAGAGGGGUGCUUCUCGCGGGAGGACCUGGCACGGGAAAGACGGCGCUCGCGCUCGCCGUCAGCCAGGAGUUGGGAACCAAGAUCCCGUUCUGCCCCAUUGUCGGCAGCGAAAUCUACUCGACCGAAGUCAAGAAGACGGAGGUGCUCAUGGAGAACUUCCGGAGGGCAAUCGGCCUCAAGGUCAGGGAGACCAAGGAGGUCUACGAGGGCGAGGUCACGGAGCUCACGCCGGAGGAGGCCGAGAACCCGCUGGGCGGCUACGGCAAGACCAUUAGCACGCUGCUCAUCGGGCUCAAGAGCGCCAAGGGGCAGAAGAAGCUCCGCCUCGACCCCAGCAUCUACGAGGCGAUCCAGAAGGAGAGGGUGACGGUCGGCGACGUCAUCUACAUCGAGGCCAACACGGGCGCCUGCAAGCGGGUGGGCAGGUCGGACGCCUACGCGACCGAGUUUGACCUCGAGGCCGAGGAGUACGUGCCCAUCCCCAAGGGCGAGGUGCACAAGAAGAAGGAAAUCGUGCAGGACGUGACUCUACACGACCUGGACGUGGCCAACGCCAGACCGCAAGGCGGUCAGGACAUCAUGAGCAUGAUGGGCCAGCUCAUGAAGCCCAAAAUGACUGAGAUUACGGAGAAACUACGCGCCGAAAUCAACAAAGUGGUCAGCAAGUACAUCGACCAAGGCGUGGCUGAACUCGUUCCGGGCGUGCUCUUCAUUGACGAAGCGCACAUGCUUGACGUAGAAUGCUUCACCUACCUCAACCGGGCUCUGGAAUCGCCGAUUGCGCCGAUUGUGGUCCUGGCGUCAAAUCGCGGAAUGUGCACAAUAAGAGGCACUGACGACAUUGUCGCUGCCCACGGCAUUCCAACCGACUUUCUCGCGCGGCUGCUCAUUAUUCCUACCGCCCCUUAUCAAGCCGACGAGAUCAAGCAGAUUGUGCGGAUACGAGCCUCCACCGAGGGCGUCGCCAUCACGGAUGCGGCUAUAGACAAGAUCUCGGACCAUGGCGUGCGCAUUAGCCUUCGGUAUUGCUUGCAGCUACUGACCCCGGCAAGCAUUCUUGCAAAAGCCAACGGCCGCUCCCAGAUUGACGUCCAAGACGUUGGCGAGUGCGAAGACCUGUUCCUCGACGCUCGCCGUAGCGCUUCGCUAUUGAGCAGCGAAGCUGGACGUGACUACAUCUCGUAG